UAAGCGACUCUACAUUAACCAUUUCACACACAGCUAAAACAUUUACAGUCUUCACGUUUCAGGAGGACGAGACCAGCAACUUAACUAGUAACUGCUAGCUUAGUUUUAAUUUUUUUUUUAAUUAUUAUUAUUAUUAUUAUUAUUAUUUGUCCAUUGAGUCUCACAGCCAUGAAGCCAUUGACAGAAAACAGCUUUCAAAUUGACCUCGUUAUGGAUAGAUGCGGGGUCGUGUGCAAAUACAUCCUCAUCGUUUUCAACAUAAUCCUUACGGUUUUGGGGUUCGCGUCUUUAGUGUUUGGCCUGUGGCUGAAUUUCCAAGACAACGCCAGAGACAUGUUCAGUGUAAACGAUGACGACAAAGAAAGCAUCGACUCAGAUGUCUUUCACAUAGUCGUCUACAUCCUGGUAAUCCUCGGCUCUGUAAUGGUGGCUUUGGGGAUUUUUGGAGAGCAUGCCGCCUGCAAUGACAGUAAAAUUGCUCUCCAAGUGUUCUGCGUCUUCCUCUUCCUCCUGGCCGCGGCUGCAAUCGCCGUAGGAGCGCUUGCUUAUACCAGCAAGGACACGGUCGGAAAGAAGCUUGGAGAGUUGUACGGCGACGUAUAUAAACUCUACGAGAAGAAUAAAGACGAAACGGUGGCGGCUACUCUCAAAUACGUCCAUGAUUUGCUCCAGUGCUGCGGAUCGGCCGGAGUCCAACUAACCGAGUUGGUUCAGAAGACUUGCCCGAAGGCGGAUGAUGCGAUGACGCAUCCGACAUGCCAAGAGAGCAUCAAACGCUUCAUGGACCAACAGGCGCCGUUGGUGACUGGCGUCUUCGUUGGAACCGGAGCUCUUUUGAUCACACAAGUCGUCUGCGCCGCCCUGUUCAGCUCAAAGAUCCUCCGGGACUGAAGCGCCUCAGUGAAUUCUUCAGACUCUCUUCAUGUCGCCCCCUCUGAGCUGCAGACAGCUGGCAGUUCUCAUCUUUACUGCACAAUCCUCCGAUAGGUUUUCAUCCGACUGCACAAUUGCAGCAGCUUCCUUGAACGUUCUCCCACUAAAACUAAAAGGUAAUGCUGAAACUCUGCAGUUUUCUGAACCACAAGGCAUCCAACAGAGGACCGCCUCUCUGGAGUUCUCAGUGCUUUGUGUUUAUUUAAAAUAUGAAGUUCACCAUGGAGUUACAACAAAGGGAUUCAGGCCGAGUUAGUCGUGCUUUUGAAAGUUUGCGUUGUACAUUAUGUCAUACAUCAGCAUGUCAUCAUUAUUGUCCACUUAGGGAAGUUUCCUUGCAGCAAGGCGAGAGAAAAAGAGAAGAAACAUUGGCAAAACAGCUAAAAGUUUAUGUACAAAUAAAGAAAAGCCUGAUUACAUUUAAAAUCCUAACAAUAGCUAAUAAGGUCUUUUCCACCUAUUGGUUCUCGAUUUGUGCUGCCUGAAUCUCUUCCCAGAUGGUAGAAGCUGAAAUUCACCAUGAAGUGGGAGAUUUGGAGAGUAGGGCAAUCUCUUCUUUUUGUAGAAGUCUUCAAAAAGGUUUCUACUAAAUCAGGUAAUCAAAGGCCUGUAAUUUUGUUGGCUACUUUUACAAUUUGCUUGAUCCCGUUCUCGUCUCUGAAACGGCCAAACCAGGAGACAGAAAGCGAGGACAGAUGCGGAGAGCUGUGGAAAACGGUCAUCUAUUUGGAGCUGUACUCUCCAAAAACGGUUCAUUUAAAUGUCAGCAUGAGGUUCUCCCUACACUGUGGCAGAACAGGCAGAAAUUAAAUUGUGAUUUGAAGUAAUUAGCCGAUUUCAGAACACGAUCAGAGCCAUUUUGCUGCAACGGUAAAGUCUGGAAAUGAACAAGUCUGUGUGGAUAAAAAAGCCCUUCCUUUCUAUAAAUGUAGUGGCAUGUUCAUACUGGAACAAACCAACCACUCUGGCAGGCCGGUAUAAAAAUCAGGGCUGAGAACUCAUCUGUUUAAAAGCAUUUUUAAUUUGAUCAUUUUACUCCAACGUUUUACGAGUCAGCCGUGUUCAGAUGACCUGAAAGGCACAUUUAAAACAAAAUGUAUUUUGUUCAUAUGUAAAUGUAGGUAAACUACAAACGGCGGCCGUUUCCAUGGCAGUUUGGACACCUGGUUAUUUCUAUGAAACUUCCUAAGAAUUUAGGGGCAGAGAUCAAAUUAAUUUCUACGUACUGCAAACCUUUAGUGUGAAAGUUUCACACUGAUGCACGAGACUCCUGGUCUGCUUCAGCAAAGGAAGUUCUUUGAAUACUCUGCCAUGUAUUAAAGAGAAAGAAAUAUUGGAAGACCCUCAAUACUUAGAGCCCUAAAACCUAAAUAUUGAGGGCGACAAAUUUUACCUUCACCAGCCUCUGCUGGAGUCGAAGCUUUUCUUCCAUGUUGUUCAAAAAUGUUAAUUUCAUCCAAUUACAAACCGAAUGCUCACUUUGUAAACCACAGUUUAGUUUAAUUAGUUUAGUGUAAUAACCGAGGGCAUUUCUAUAUACACAAACUUUGUUUCUACACUAAACUUAAGGCUUUUCAAAAAAAUAAAAAAUAAUGAUAAUUAUAUUUUAA